AUGGCCAACAAGAAACUGUUGGAUAUCGAUCCAAAGACCUUGGUGAUCAAUGGCUCAUUCCAGCAAAUAUUGCCAGGCCGUAUUAGAACCCACAGCGACCUGGUGGAACUCACCAAGGCAUGGCUGGUGAUCAUCCCGGCCAGGAAAUCCAUGGUCUUCAUAACGUUUCUCAAGAACCAUACUACGACUACGGGGAUGGAUCAUUUGAAGAAACUUAGGAAAAGCCAGACCAAUAAAUCACAACUUCAAGGAUUGGUGGCUAUGGCUGAUGAAGUUACCAAGCACCAGGUAUUUGAAAUGUUAUGUGCUGAUGAUGAGGUCCACCAGGAAUUGGAGAUACACUCGAUGGACGAUAUCGUGGAAGUAUCGGUGCCAAAAUACCCUCCGGUGACCCAAGAAGAAGCCAAAGAUAAUUCCAAACAGUACUGGCCGGUGAUUUGGAAAGGCGAUCCAAAUAUCCAGCAGUUGAAUCAGGAAGUGUUUGAUAUGUUGGAAAUCUCCCAGAACUUACGGGAUAUUAUUGAGAUUGCAAAGAUUCAAAAGGAUAAUGGUGAGUUACCAAUUGUCACCAGACUAUACGAUCCCGAAAACAAGCAAAUCCUCGCCACGGCCCAUGAUGAACGAUUCAAACAUAUCCUACACCAUAGUGUUAUCAAUUGCGUAGGCAGAGUUGCCGCGAAUGAAGUGCAGAGGCGUGGCGAAGAAGAUGACGAUGAAGAAGCAAAUAAUGAUGAUGUCGAUGAUGAGUCCUCCAAGAAGUAUCUCUGUGUUGGAUACGACGUGUACACCACCCACGAACCAUGUUCUUAUUGUUGUAUGGCUUUAGUCCAUUCGAGGAUCCGAAGAUUGUUUUAUUUGAAACCUAGUCCAAAGACCGGGGCGAUUGCUCCCGAUAGUGCCAAAGGGUAUUGUAUCCAUCAGAGCCGACAAUUGAAUUGGGCAUUCCAUAGUUUCAAAUGGUGUGAUCCAGAAUUACUCCAGACGGUUCCAGUGAUUGAUGAUAAUUUGUUUGUAUGA